UUCUUAUGAUAUCUCUAAGAACAGAUCAGUGAAGUGUCAUAUAUUAAUAUUAUAAUUCGAAAUAGGAAAUAAGGUAUGAUGUUUACUGGUAAAGUUGUUCUGAUCACCGGCGCAAGCUCAGGUAUUGGCGCCGAGACUGCUACUGAAUUUUCAAAAUUGGGGGCGAACGUUGUGAUAACCGGAAGGAACCAAGAUGCACUGAGCAACGUAGCAAAGCUGUGUGAAGAAAUUUCUCCUACGAAAUCGAAGGCUCUCUCUGUUAUUGCCGAUAUGAACAAUGAAAAUGCUAUAGAAAAUAUAAUAAAAACUACUAUUGAUCAUUUUCAUAAGCUUGACGUAUUGGUGAAUAAUGCGGGUGUUUUGGAAUCAGGGACAAUCGAGACCACAACUUUAGACCAGUACGAUAGAGUUAUGAAUGUUAAUGUUCGAGGUCCUUAUUAUUUAACUAUGUUAGCAGUACCACACCUCACUCAAAGCAAAGGCAGUAUUGUAAACGUUUCCAGCGUUACUGGAAUGAGAUCUUUUCCUAAUGUUCUUGCUUAUUGUAUGUCUAAGUCAGCUUUGGAUCAAUUUACUAGAUGUGUAGCUCUUGAACUUGCACCGAAGGGAGUUCGUGUUAAUGCUGUCAAUCCAGGCGUAAUAACGACCGGUUUACAUAAGAAAGAUGGAAUGAAUGAAGUCCAGUACGAAGCAUUUCUAAAAAAAUGUGCUGACACCCAUGCUAUAGGAAGGCCGGGCUAUGCAAGAGAAGUUAGUUCUGUUAUUGUAUUCUUGGCUAGCGACGGUGCAAGCAAUAUUACUGGGGCUACCUUGCCUGUAGACGGUGGUCGACAUGCAAUGUGCCCACGAUAAAUAUUUUUAUCUUCAAUACGUGAUGUGAAUACUAAUUAAGGAUAUUUUUUAUAAAAAAGUUAAUGAUUAUUGAAUAA